AGUGUUACUUUAUAACACUGAUGUAAUUCUGUACAUUGUUUCCAGCUCAUUAUUUUCAUACAUAGUUUUAAUCUCAAUCAUAUUUUUUUUUCUUUCUUCAGUACUGAGGGUAUUAUCUACAUCAGGGCUUCUCCACGGGGUUCCAUAGAACCCUCAGCUUCUUCAACAGACAUCCAGGGGUUCCACAAGAUAAUGGGGUUCCACAGAAUGCCAGAGUUCUGCAUAUUCUAAUGUAUCUUUGGUUGAAAGAAGAAAGGGUAAAAACAUGGCAUAACAAUGAGUGAUUUGUUCCUGCAGAGCCUUCACCUAGCCAGCCAUGUUAGGGAAGCUGAUGACCAACGAUCAGCUUUGCGAAGAAGAAACAUUCUUGUUCUUAUACAUCACUACUUAAAAGAAAAUGGUUUUGUGCAAGCAUGUAAAAGUAUGGAGAAAGAAGUUUCACUGAAAUUAGACCAGUAUGUAGUUUGUGAUAACAUUGAUAUUGAACUGAUACUUCAAGAGUAUGAAACAUUCCAAUUUAUCAAGUUCCGAAAACAUCCUCGUAUAGUGAAAAAGAUUGAGUCUGGAAUUGGUGAAGAAUCAACCACAAGAUACCCCAGGAAGCUUUCUGGUAAAUCAAGUCGAACAUCUAGAAUCAACAGCACACCAACUGUAAAUGGGUCUAGUCUUACCAGUUCUGUUAUGAAUAGUGCUGAUGCUAAUCUGGAGGGGGAAAGCUCACCAGCUGAAAUCUUGCAUCGCAUAACAGCAAUUGCAAAAGCCCACAGUGAAGAGUUUAGAGUACAAGACACCAAGAUCAGUCCACCUACAUGUAAUACUUCUGAUCUUUUUGUGGAUGGUGUUCGUAUGGAUCCAAAUCUAACUAGGAAAGGACAAGUUGAGAUCUCACCAGAGUUGGCUGUUGAUAAUAGAUUCAAACUUUUGAAGCCUCUAAAACACUUUUCAACACACAAUCUUGAAUGGCAACAGUUGGCUGAAGUAGUCUCAAAGGAUAUCUAUCUGGAGAAUCCUGAUGUACGAUGGGAUGAUAUUGUUGGUUUGACUGCAGCAAAACGUUUCAUUAAAGAAGCUGUUGUUUAUCCAAUCAAGUAUCCUGAACUUUUCUCUGGAAUUCUUGCUCCUUGGAAAGGGCUCUUACUUUAUGGGCCUCCAGGAACUGGAAAAACUUUGCUUGCCAAGGCUGUGGCUACAGAGUGUAAAACCACUUUUUUUAACAUUUCUGCAUCAACCAUUGUCAGUAAAUGGCGUGGGGAUUCUGAGAAACUAGUUCGGGUAUUGUUUGAACUUGCACGUUUUCAUGCACCCUCUACAAUAUUUCUGGAUGAGCUUGAUUCUUUGAUGGGUCACAGGGGAGGAUCUUUAGUCAACAGUGAACAUGAAGCAAGCAAAAGAAUGAAAACUGAACUUUUGAUACAGAUGGAUGGUUUGGCAAGAUCUGAUGACCUAGUCUUUGUAUUAGCUGCUUCUAAUAUUCCUUGGGAACUAGAUUAUGCUAUUUUGCGUAGAUUGGAGAAGAGAAUCUUAGUUCCAUUACCAAGCAUGGAAGCUCGUGCAGCUAUGUUCAAACAGUUUCUUCCACAAAAGGAAAAUAACAAGGGCAGUCAGAGUCAUAGCUUUUUAAAUUGUGAUGUGGAUUAUGACCAGUUAGCUCAGGCUACCAGUGGUUAUUCUGGUGCAGAUAUCAGACUAGUGUGUAAAGAAGCUUCCAUGAACAGUGUUCGUAAGAUCUUUGACAUUCUCGAAAGUCACUCAGAAGAUCAUCCUCUCCCUACUGUGACAUUGGAAGCUGUUAAAACACCUGAUGUAUUGGAUGCCAUAUCAAAAACUAAACCUUCAGCACGUGGAUUGGCAGACAAAUAUGCAGCUUGGCAGCAAGAAUAUGGAUCUGCUUAAGAUGGUCUUAAACAUAUCAAAAACAUUCAGAGUUUAGCUUUUAUAAUUCCCUAGUAAACUUUGUUAUACUUAUCAAAGGAAUGAUAUUUCAUUCAAGUGAAAAAAAAAAUCGCACAAGAAAUUUUUGUUUUUUUUGUCAGGUUUAAUUAUACUAAUAAUUGUGAAAUAUUUACUGGUUCAUUUACUUGCUGUCCGUGUAAAACUGUUAUUGCUGUUUUUUUGUCAGUAAAGUUAAACUUAUAUGUUUGACAGCUUUUGCACAAUUAGAAUGAUUAUGUGUUAUAUGGCUUAGUAGUUAGGAUGCUUGACUCAUUAUCUGUAGAUUGCAGAAUCAAAUCUCUUUGCUGAACAUACUUGUUCUUUCAGCCUUGAGGGAGUUAUAAUCUGGUGGUCAAUCUCACUAUUUGUUGGGAAAGAGUUGACGGUUGAUGGUGUUGACUAGCCACCUUCUCUCUAAUGUAUCACUUCAAAAUUAGGGAUUGGCUAGUGCUGAUGGCACUUGAGUAGCUUUGUAUGAAAUUGAACAAAAAACAUUUUCUCAACAUGAUGAAGGCACCUCAUUUUUAAAAGUGCAAAUAAUAUUAAAAUAUUGUAUCCAUUCAUGAUACUUUAACAAUUUAUAGAGUUACAUCUUUUUUUAUCCAUAUAUUGUUAAACUAUUCGAUGAUGAGGAACCCACUUUGAGACUAAUAAUGGUUGGAGAUGGCUUGAAUGGGUAAUGAAGAAAAGUUUUAAUAUAAGUUUAACAUAACAGCAAAUGUACAACGUUUCGACAAGGUUUUGUCAUCAUCAGGUACCAACGACAAAACCUUGUCAAAACGUUGUACAUUUGCUGUUAUGUUAAACUUAUAUUAAAGUUUUUCUUCAUUACCCAUUCAAGCCGUCUACAAGCAUUAUUGUUAAAGUAUAUUGUCAUGUACAUGAAAAAAGUUUCAAAUGUUUCAAUUUCAUGAUACGUUUGUUAAUUUUGAAAAAGAAUAAAAAUUGGCACUCAAGGCUCAUUUCACAACUUAUGGCAGUUUAUAAAUAACUUUAUCAUCAAAAUUAGAAGAACAAAAUAUCAUUGCCAUUGACUACCGUUUCAUAUAUCAUUGAUUGCAAGUGAUUUUUCUGCAUUUGAUGAACAUUUUAUCCAUUUUGGUCAUGUAGUGAUGUUCCAUUACACCUGGUACCUUAAUAGGGAUAAGGCUUUGCCAGUUUCAUAAUUAUAAUAUGUAAGUAAAACUUCUGAAAUAUGAACUCUACAAACACUAGGAAGUACUUACAACUUACUAUUGGGAAGUAUUGCUUAUCAAGUUUCAGUUAAGUUCAGGAAAGUAAAGUUGCCUCUAUGAAACAUAAAUAACUGUAUAGUUUACAUGUGAAUCACUAUAAUUUUGCUCUGUUUGUGUUCAUAUAUUUUAAAAAUGAAUAUGCAGCUAUAAUUAAGUUUGGGGAAAGUAGUGAGCAAUAAGAUUUAGUAAGUAUUUAUAACAUCAAAUUCAGUAGGUUGAGAUAACUGUUGAAUAUCCAUCACAUUGAAUGAUGUGUAGAGUGAAGAGGAAGAAAGUUAAAAACUAUAUAUGUAAUGAGACAUAUAUAUCAUGAAGUGGUGCUAAUUAAUCUGUAGGUAAUUGGUGUACUUUAAGAUUAACCUCUAUGAAUGUUAUAAAUAUACGUGUAACUUAAUAACAAAAGGAAUUAUCUACACAAACAUUAAUAACGCUUCAUAUACACUCCUGGCUUGAACGUUAAAUAUCAGACAUUUCAUUUAUUUAUCUGCAGUGAUAAAUCACGUUCAAUCAUUACUGUAAAUAACUACCACAUUAAAUUAUACCAACCUUAAAAGUGAAAAAUAUUAAUAGAAAUUUCUCAUUGAAACAGUAUUGCUACUAUAAACUAUAGGAGGGUAAGUUAUGUGAAAGUACAGUAUAAAUAUAAAGUUAAUUCUGUGUUCUAAUAACUUUCUAAUUCAUGAACGCUUAAUAUUUUUAAAUUAUUUUUUUUUGUAUUAAUAGUAAGUUCCUAUUGGUUCUAUAAAGUUAUAUGAAUAAUAUCCAUAUUUACAUUGGUAGUAUUUAGUCUUCAUGCUUAACAAUUGAAACUUUUCUUCAUCUCGGUGAUUAACAAAGUGGUUUAGGGCUAAGCAGACAUUGAUAACAGCAAAUAUGAAGUUUUUUGUUUUCCUGUCAUUCAAAUGUGUACUAUAAGUCUUUAUAUAUAUUUAUUUUAUUUUUUAAGUUAGUAAGCUGCACGGUUUAUUUGUAUAUUCAAUAAAGUUUACUUGUUAUUUCAAAUGUUUACCUAUCAUACUGGACUUGUUGUAUUUAUCCUUUUAUGUAUUAAAGACGUACAUUUUACAGUAUGUGAGUAAUAUGUAUUUAUAUUGGUGAGUAAAUGCCAUUUAUUACUUGUAUAUAACACCUAAUCUUCAAGGCAGGGGUUGUUUGGUGGGUUGAUUCCCUAGCAAAGAUUUCUGCUACUCUUGUUUUACAUUAUAAAGAGAAAUUUGAGCCAUAUGUGGAAUCUGAAUUUCCAACGAUUUUUUCUUCUUGAAACAUGACCAAUAUAUAUAUUUUUUGUAAACCUCGUGUUAUCAAUUUGAAUGCACUUCGGGUGAUGUUUGAGUGUAAUUUUUUUUCUUCACUAAUCUCUAGACUAUGAGGGAGUAAAACCCAUAACCCAAUCCUGAAUCCCACACAAAACACGGUUAUGGCCACACACGUUUCGUAGUACAAGAUGUGGUUCCUCACCUCUUUAAAUCUGUUUUCACAGCGGUUUUCGCGCGUUCCAUCGAUAGGGAUGGACGAGGAAGUCCAACGAAGCUUACUUUCCUCUGUAAGGUAAGUGUGGUACCUGCCUGAACAUGAGCAAUUUUACUAUUUUGUGCAAGAGAAA